AUGCUGUUCCAUUCACUUUUUGCCGUUGUUCUUCUGCUGCAAUCUGCAAACGCGCGUCACUCGAUCCUUAGAAAGCCCCUGGAGUUGGCGGCUACAUCCCACCCUGCAUUGAGUUCUACUGGACCCUUGGAAGUCAUUCAACUCUACAAACCCGUAUCUGUACCUGAGUCGACAAAAUGCAAAGUGCAGCAGACCCUAAUGGAACAUACUUUCGCCAGCUCUUACGGCGUCCCAUAUGUUGGAAAGUACGCUCCGCCCAACUGCAUCUUUAAUAGCGUCAUCAUCGAAUGGACUGUGACCGUUGCAGGCCGUCAAUUUGACCGGCUUGCGGAGAUGUAUCUCGGGGACAUUGAGGUAUGGCGUACCUCUACAGCAGAGCCCACGGCUUCGGGCAUUAUCUAUAGAUACCAGAAAGAUCUGAGCAUGUAUCUCAGUCUCUGGAAGUCCUCACAAGAUGUCAUAUUUAGCCUGAAUAACGUCUACGAUUCAACUUAUACGGGAGCAUUCAACACAACGUUGGUCGCUACUUUUUCUUACGACUCGAUUGGACCAGCGCAUGCUGAUUUGAUCCUUCCAAUCUCGCCUAAACUUGGAUCUAGCGGUGCACCGAGUAUAUUCACACUACCUGGAGAUAACGCGACUAUCGAGCACAUUCUCCCGCUGAACGUUACCCACGCGUCGGUUUCCAUCGCUGCUACGGGCCAGAGCAAUGAGGAGUUCUGGUACACCAACGCUCUGCAAUCCAACAUCCAUACUUUCGACUCGACUGUUGGCACACUCAUUGGGUACGGCCCUUUCCGUGAAGUGCGGCUCUUCAUCGACGGCCUUCUGGCAGGAGUGGCAUGGCCCUUUCCUACAAUAUUUACUGGAGGGAUCGCACCUGGUUUCUGGCACCCAAUCGUCGGCAUCGACGCAUACGAUCUCCGCGACUAUGAGAUCGACAUCACUCCGUUCCUUCCCUAUCUUCUGGACGGAAAGCCACACUCCUUCACAGUCAAGAUUGUAGGCAUCUCUGACAACGGUGGUAAUGGAGCAGGUACCCUCUCCGAAGAUGACAUCAACAGUUACUGGCUGGUUUCGGGGAAGCUCUUUCUCUUUUAUGGCUCAAAACCGUACAACGGCAAGCACCAAACUCCUGUUAUCUCAACCUCACCCCUAGUCAGCACAGCUUCCUCCUUCACAGCUAGCAACGGUACAAACCAGACCCUCUCUUACGACGUGACGGUCAAGCGCACCCACACCGUCAAAUCGUCUUUUGGUAGUUGGACUCAGAGUCUCGGCUACACCAACACCGGUUACCUAGGCCAGCAGGGACUAUUUCAACAGAAUGUUCAGAAGACCGCCGGUACCUCGGCCACCGUCCUGAAAAGCGCCCCGAGCUUCAGCAACACACUCAGCUACACGUACCCACUGACAGUUAACACAACUUAUACCUUUUCCGGCUCCAACACCACUAUCGACGCCUCUGUUGAUCGCGGAAUGCAACUCUCUUCUUCGGGUCGUCCAGACCUGUCGACAUUUACCUUGGUCAGUGGACCAAUAGCUCUAAGCACUAGGCAGCUUGGAACAGCAUCGUACUCAAAUAAGCCGAAUAAUAGCUACUCUUUCGGUGACAUGGAUCAGACUUUCAGCGAGCAGAGCUAUGGCAUGACAUACUCGAGGCAUGUCAAGAGUAGAAAUUUAACCAUCUUUUAUGACGAGUCAAAAUGGCGAUCCACCGGGAAUUAG